UCGUGCAAGUGCAAAAAAGCUCGAAAGCUCGCGCAGGCCGCCGGCUGGAACACGAGCGAGCUUUUAAUUUUAUCCCAUGCCACUGCUCCGAUGCAGCAGCGGUAGCGACUGUGCCAAAUUAUAAAAAAAAAAAAAAAGUUAUUCUCGAUCGUGGUGGCGUCCGGCUUGACGCGCGAGUGGUGCGUGGGUGUGUGAAAAGCCGAAGCGCACGAAAAAAAUGAUCGAGUUUCGCGGUGGUCAUUUGUCGAAGCAAUGAUGGAGAGCAGCAGCAAUGACGAGAAGCAUCAGCAACAGGAGGAUCCGGCGGCAGCUCGGAACAAGCCGAUACGAUUGCCGCGGGCCGAGACACUGGCCAAAAUCAAAUCCAUCGCUGGCCACGGAGGCCUCCUGGCUACCCUCAUGAUUUACUGUCUCAUCGGUGGCGUAGUGUUCCGCAUACUCGAGCUGCCCGCCGAGACCGAGCGCAUCAUCGAGCUCAAGGAGAUCCUGCUGCUGCGACGCAAGGCGCUGCUGGCCUCGUUCAACAACGCCAGCAGCGGCAGCGGCAGCUUCGCGGAUCUCGCCGACUGGGAGGACGCCGUGCUGCGCCCGUACGAGGCGGCCCUGCAGAACGCCGCGCGCUCCAACUUCAUGGUGGAGUACAUACCGCGGGUGAGCGAGUCCCGCGGCGACGACAGGCCCUAUCAGCUGGUGAACGAGCGCUGGUCCAUACUGCAGGCCGUGUUCUUCGCCAGCACCAUCAUCACCACCAUAGGCUACGGCAAUCUCUAUCCGACGACCUUCUUCGGCCGGCUGUUCUGCGUGCUGUUCGCCCUGAUCGGCAUACCGCUGACGCUCACGGUGAUCGCCGACUACGGCCAGCUGUUCGCCGACGCGGUCAGUGCGAUAUCGCGCAAGCUCAAGGCCAGACUGCCGCAGGAUCUGUUGAGGAGAUGCGUGCCGGCCAACGACACCUUCAACAAGUCGCUCGGAGCUCUGUUCGCGGUCGGCCUGCUGUUCGUCUAUCUGGCCUGCGGCGCCGCCAUAUUCAUGCUCUGGGAGACGCAGUGGAGCUUCUUCGAGGGUUUUUACUUUUGCUUCGUCACCAUGACCACCAUCGGCUUCGGUGACAUUGUCCCCACCAAUCCCAAGUACAUGCUCUUCUGCACGGGCUACAUUCUGGUGGGUCUCGCGCUCACCAGCACCAUAAUCGAGCUCGUACGACGCCAGUACGCCAGCUCGUGGAGACGGCUGCAGGCCCUCAGCGGCCCGCUGGCCGACGCGCUCAAAAAAAUCGGCGAGCAGGCCGGUGGCGACAUUUCCGUCCUGCAAACCGAUCUCAGAAAAUUAUUGAACAUGUCGAUGAAUCCGAAGCGCCAGAAAAAUGGCCUGAUGGGAGGACACGCGAAGGACAGCGAAGUCGACGAGGCUAUCGAGGCGAUACUGCGCGAUCUGGCCAGCGGUCGGAGUCGCAAUAUCGCCCUGAGAAAUCAGCAUCAAAACGCACUGGUACAGAUAAUCAUCUACGAGUCGAGCGUUUGAAUGAUUUUUCACUUUCUUCGAGUGACAUAAUGUCUAAUUCUUUGUAAGAAAAAUAGUAGAUAAUAUAUUUUUGAGAAAAAAAAAACGAUGCAUUGGCACAACAACGGCUGUACGCGGUCGAGGUACAACGUUUUUUUCUAAUUGAACUUGUAAAUAUGUGUAAGUCUUACCUUUGAUCAUUGCGAAUAA